AUGCUUCGAAAUGCUGUACAAACGACUCAAAAGCUCAGAAACAGUUUUGAAGAUAUUUUAAAAAAUGCGAAUGAAUUAUGUUUAAAAUGGGGAAUAUCUACUUCAUUUUUUAAUAAACGAAACAUUUUUGCAAAGAAACAUUAUGAUGAGUUAGAUGGUGACUAUCGACUAAAUGUCACAGAAGAAAACUUUAAAGUGAAUAUUUUUUUGCCAACAAUUGGUACAGUAUUAUCACAACUUAUUUCACGGUUUGAAGGUACUCAUGAUGUUGCUGAUUCAUUUGGAUUUUUAACUCCAACCACUCUUUUAAAACUUAACGAUAGCGAUAUAAUAAAAUCUUCAUAUGAUUUUGUAUUGAAGUAUGAAAAUGAUAUUACAUCGGAUUUCGCACGUCAACUUAUUGCAUUGAAAACAGUAAUUAUCAAUAGUGAGAUAAAGACUAUAAAAGAUUUAGCACAAUUUAUCAUAAGUAAUAGUUUGCCUAGCAGUUUUCCUGAUAUUUUGAGUGCUUGUAUCAUAUUUAUGUGUAUACCAGUUACAGUGGCAUCCGCCGAACGCUCCUUCUCAAAGCUCAAAUUGAUAAAAAACUACUUGAGAAACACCUGCAAUCAAGAUCGCCUAAGCAGUUUAGCAGUAUUAAACAUAGAGCGAGAGCAAACAAUUAAUAUCGCCAUCGAAAAAAUUAUCAACAAUUUUGCAAAUGCCAAGUCAAGACGGAAAAAUUUCUUGAUAUAA